AUGUCGUUGAUGAAAUGCCGCUUCUACGAGAAUCGGUUCCCGGACGUCGAAGAGACUGUCGUAGCGAAUGUGACAAGAAUCGCCGACAUGGGAGCUUAUGUUCGACUUUCUGAAUACAACGAUAAAGAGGGUAUGAUUCUUCUCUCGGAAUUGUCGCGUCGUCGUAUCAGAUCUGUCAACAAGCUGAUUCGUGUCGGGCGAAGCGAAUGCGUCGUAGUUAUUCGAGUAGACAAGGAGAAGGGUUACAUUGAUCUCUCAAAAAGAAGGGUUUACCAAAAAGAUUUAAGACAGUGUGAAGAACGAUAUGCAAAUGCCAAAAUGGUCAACAGCAUUCUUCGACAUGUUGCUGAACAACUGGGAUAUAACACAGAUGAGCAGCUUGAAGAUUUGUACCAGCGAACGGCUUGGCAUUUUGAUCGCAAGGAAAAGAGGAAAGCGGCAUCUUAUGAUGCGUUCAAGAAGGCUAUCAUUGAUCCGACUGUUCUUGAUGAGUGUGACAUCAGUCCUGAAAUCAGGGAGAAACUUCUUGAAGACAUUCGCAAGCGAUUGACACCACAAGCCGUUAAGAUCCGUGCUGACAUCGAAGUCUCUUGCUUUGCUUAUGAAGGAAUAGAUGCUGUUAAGAAUGCGUUGAUUGCUGGAAAAGAAUGCUCAACUGAAGUUUUCCCAAUUAAGAUCAAUUUGAUUGCCGCUCCACACUUUGUAGUUACCACUCAAACAUUGGAUCGGGAAGGUGGUCUUGCUGCGGUGAAUCAUGCUCUUGAUGUGGUUAAAGAGGCGAUUGAGAGCAAAAAGGGAAAAUUCAGCAUUAAGAAAGAAGCUCAAAUUGUUACCAUUCUCGAUGAUGAAAAGAAGAAGAAGGGAGAUGAUGAAGAUGAAGAUGAGGAGAGUGAGUCCGAUUCGGAUGAGGACGAGGAGGAGGAGGAAGAUGAUGAUGGACUCGUUGCUCCGAAAGGACUUGAUCAGCAAAUGGAUGCUGAGGAAGCGAGCCGAGACGCAAGAAAAAAGGCCAAGGGAAAAGAUGAGGAAGAGAGCGACGACGACGAUGAAUAA